CUGACCCAGGGUCUAGCUUCAGCGUUGCAUCCUCUGCCGAAUCGACCUCCUGCCAACUUCCUCCCAGCCAUGGCGUUACUCACAAAUCUCAUCGCGAGAUGCACGCUGCCCGCUAUGGUGCUGCUUGCAUUGGCUGGUGUCAUUGUCUACUAUAGUGGCGUCAUCGUCUAUAGGCUUUACUUCCACCCGCUUGCAAAGUUCCCAGGUCCCAAGCUCGCGGCUGCAAGCUGGUGGUACGAGACCUACCAUGAGCUCAUCAAGAAUGGUGGCUCACAAUUCACACCUCACAUACGGGACCUCCACGCUCGUUAUGGACCGAUCGUGAGGAUCACCCCAGAUGAGCUCUCUAUUGCAGAUGCAGAGUUCCACGACAGACUAUACGCACCCCAGCCCGCUGUCAGAGACCGUCACCCCUCGUUCAGCGCGGCUCUGGGCACGUUGAAUGGUUGCUUCAGCACGAACGACCACUACCUGCAUCGUCAGCGUCGUGCGGCCGUCAAUGCCUUCUACUCCCCCGCCAACCUUGCGGCCUUUGAGCCUCUGGCUCAGCAGAGGGUCGACCACCUUUGCAACCUCCUCUGGGAGCACCGUGGGCAGGUCACGCCACUGAGGACGUACUGUGCCGCCCUGAGCUUCGACUCGUUCUACUCCUGGGCAUUCGGUAACCCUCUGCGUCUGCUUGAUGACCUCGACAAGGCCGAGAUGAUCAACAAGACGGUCGAGAAGCUUGUCACAAGUCCGCCUGUGUACAAGUGCUUCCCGUCCGCGAUGAGAGCUGCCAAGCUAAUCCCAAGCUGGAUCCUGGUCAAGCUCUCCCGCGACGUCGCCAACGCCUUUGAAUUGCAGGCAAUGGUCGCCAGGGAGGCAGAACGGUUCGUCGCCAGCGCGGAGGACGCUACAGACGUCGAGAAGCGCGGACACUCCGUUGGUGCCGAGACGCUCUUCUCCGUGAUCGGCAAGAGCAGAAUCCCCGGCGAGGAGAAGACCGCGUCCCGCAUCACGCAGGAGGGCACCGAGAUGCUCAUGGCGUCGUUCACCCCCGGGCGCAGCAUGAUGAACGGCGUCUACUUUCUCGGCGCGUUUCCCGACGUCCUCACCAAGCUGCAGGCUGAGCUGGCCGAGGCAUUCUCGGAUCCGAAGGUUGCCAUGGACUUCAAGACUCUCAGCCAGCUUCCGUACUUGAAUGCCGUCGUAAAGGAGACGCUCCGCGCGGGCUUUCCGAUUUCCUCACGCCUACCCAUGAUCGCGCACGAGACGAUGCAGUUCCAGGAAUGGGAGAUCCCGGCAUAUACCGCCAUGUCUGUGAACCACCGCGGUCUGCUCUUCGACGAGACCGUCUUCCCCGACCCGCACGCCUUCAAACCUGAGCGCUGGCUAGAUACCGAACACCCCAUUGAUGCCAAGAGAUACUUUGUGCCCUUUGGAAAGGGGUCUCGCGGAUGUCCCGGAAGAGAAUUCGCGACCCAUCUGAUUAGACUUAUGCUCGCGCGAUUUGCGCAGAGGUUCGUCUUUGAGCUCGCCGACACCGACUGGGAUCGCGACGUCAAGGUGGUGCGUGAGUCCUUGUUGACGGCCUCUGCGCACGGCAGCACUGGCGUCAAGGUCGUUUUGCUGGAUGAACGCAAUUAAGCACUUAGUCGCCAUGCCGCAAACAGUCUAAUUUCUUCUGCAGUGGUGGUUUCGUAUUUUUCUGUUGUUUUUCAUUUCAUUUUCACUCAGAGAUACCUUUCGUAGUCAGCAUGUUUGAUUCGCUGCUUCAGCUAUCAUUCAUAAUCCCAGAUUGCCGAACUACGUGGUGCAUAGUCGUUUGUGAAAUCAGCCCUGCCUGCAUGGUCAUCUUUAAGUGUGGGUAAAGUGGGACGACAUCUGACAUGCACAAGUGCCAAGGAGCAAGGGUGUGGUAAUCAUAAGGCAGUUCAUUCGCU